CUGACAAGCAGCCCAGAGAAGUAACUGAUAUAGAGGCUGAAAGCCCCUCCAUGCAGCCCCUGAUGAUGGCCCUGUGGCUCCUGCUCCAUCUCUCCUUGCUCAGGCUCAGCACCACCCAGCCCUUAGUCCAGAGGCGUGGCGCUUCAUGGGUUGCCGGGCCAUCCUUUUUCAACUUCAACUCGCCAGAGGAGGUUCAGGAAAGCAGACAGAUUCCGAACAACGGGAGCACACCCCUGCUUGUGGACGUACAAGUGUUUGUAUCAACCGUGUUUAAUGUGGACAUCUUGCGGUACACAGUGUCUUCCAAGCUGCUGCUUCAGCUGUUCUGGCUCGACACUCGCCUGGCCUGGAACGCAAGUGAGCACCGGCAGCGUGGGGUCACACUGUCCUGGGACUCACUCUGGACACCAGGAUUCACUAUCCAGGAGGCGCUCUGGGUCGACUGGCAGGAGCAAAGCCCGAGGGCCCGAGUGGACCAGGACGGCCAUGUUGAGCUCUACCUGGCCCUCACCACAGAGACCACCUGUGACUUUGACCUCCUCCACUUCCCCAGGGACCAGAGCGACUGCAGCCUCAGCUUCUUUGCUUUUAGCAACACUGUGAACGAGUUGGAGUUCCGGGCCCACGUGGUGAAUGAGAUUGUGAGUAUCAAGAGGGACUAUGUAGUCCAGGAUCUGAAAAUCCAAGUCCCACCCAAGCAGCUGGUGCCUUGCUUCCAGGUGACGGUGCGCCUGCAGAACACAGCCCUAAAGGCCGUCAUAGCUCUGGUGGUACCUGGGGAGGCGCUGCUGUUGGCUGACAUGUGCGGGGGGCUGCUGCCCCUCCGGGCCACUGAGCGCAUUGCCUACAAAGUGACACUGCUGCUGGGCUACUUUGUCUUCUACUCCUCCCUGGUGCAGACCCUGCCCAGCUCCUCCUCCUGCAACCCACUGCUCAUUUACUACUUCGCUGUCCUGCUGCUGCUGCUCUUCAUCAGCACCAUGGAGACUGUGCUGUUGGCCGCGCUGCUGGCCCGGGACAACCUCAGGGCCAGGAGCAGACCCAGCCCAACCCCAAGAGAUGAGCAGCGAGAUCAUGGGAACCCAGGGCCUAAUCCUGAAGAAGCCCCCAGAGGAGUAAAGGGGUCAAGAAGGAGCCGGGCUGAAGCGGCUGACGACAUCUUCUUCUUGGUGUAUGUGGCGGCAGUGGUGUGCUGCCACUUCAUCUUUGCUGGAUUCUGGAUGUGGGUACCAUGCAAGUCUGCCCCACCCCCUGGCGAGUCUGCACCCCAUGGCGGGCAGCCCAGGCUGUAACAGGGCAGGGUC